AUGAAUAUUGGCUAUUUAUUUCCAAUCCCUCAUAACCUUUACACUGGUGAAAGUGUGUUGGUUUUUGUUGCCCAGUCAGUCAAACAAUCUGAAGAUGAUGUAACCAAUCGCCCAUCCUGUUCAACAGCUUUGGCAGCGUUGGCUCAAGCUCUUUAUGAGAUUAGUGGUGUUGCUCUUGUCCGGAGAGUGUACAAUCAGACAAGUGCCGUUAGACUAGGAGUUUUAACUCCAGAAAUUCAUGGUGAUCAGAUAUCGCUCAUGUAUACUGAUAUGGCGUUUAGUGAAGAUAUUCGCAAUCUGAAACUUCCAAGUUUACCAGUUUCCUGUGAGCCUUCUACUUCCAAUACGGAAUGUUCUGUUAAGUCUUCAAACACUAUGAAAUUGCGUAAAGAUUGCCCAUCUCAGGAACAGUUAUCAGUUAUGGAUUCUUUUAUUAACUCCAUGAUGUUGAAUUAUUCAGAUGAAAGUGAUGAUGAUGAUGGUGGUGGUGGUGAACUCAACAAGAAAGACGAAAACGACGUGGAAAAUCCUUCAUCAAACAGGAUCUUAAAAGUUCAACGGAUAUCAAACCCUUGGAUUCAACGUUUCUUUGCCUGCCUUAGAAAACGGGGUCUUAAUCCAUCAGUACCACUUCCAAUUUCAAAGCAAUCAAAUUCUUCUGAUGUUUGGCUGUCACCUGAAAUGUUUCCUGGUUUGGAGGAAAUCAUCACACAAAUCAAUACUAAUUCCGAGACUGCAUCUGUAAUUGAAUCCCGUAAUGUUCUUCUUAAUUCAUUUCCACCUCUUCGUCCUGCUAGUGAUCCAGUCGAUUUGACAGAAGAAUUUUUGGCGAAAAGACGGCGUUUAGCGGAUGAAGAACUUUAUGCUACUUCCUCGUUCACGAAAGAAAUAGACAGUGAAUAUCCAAGCGAACAACUGACUGCAAGUUCGGAAUUAACUAGCAAAUCAUUGCUUCAAAACACACUGGCAUCAAAUUCCAUUCAAAUAAACUCAGUUCAAGAUUUUGAAGACCUAAUCUCCCAACAACAAAUUGAAGUUGCCUGUAGACUUUUGGAGAAAGAAAUAAUUCAACUGGUGACUGAUCCUUUCACUGCAACUUUAUUACGUCCAAAAGCUAUCGCUUACCUGUUCGCUUAUCGUAAGCAUGCUCAACCAAGUAGAGAAAUCGUCAAUAAUAGUAAUGAAAACAAUCAUAUUAAUGAUGCUACAUCCAACAGCAGCACAUAUCAUCUCGAAAUUGCUCGAGCAUAUAACUCAUUUAUUCGUAGUUGGCGCCAGGAUCUUAUCGAUCGUAAUCUUCUCGGAGGUAAUGUCUCAUCUCAACGUGCUGCUAAUGAUAGCAAGUUGUCGUUUUGGCUGGAAACAAUUACACAAGGUUUCGGUCUUUUGUGCAAUGACGAUAUCCCGGGAAUCGGUGUUACUCAUUCAGAAAGUCGUAAGUUUUUGAACUUGGAAGAUAUUACAAUACCUCAUUUUGUUGAAACAAAAGAUAAUCAGCCUGUAUCGCCCAAUUGUGUUCUCAAAGUUGAGCAUUUGAUGGAUGACACAGAUUGA